CCCCCUAUUUACCCCUUAUUCGUCCUAAAGUCAGUGUCAUCAUAAUAAAACGCAACUAGCGGGGGGUCUGGACCUCUGCCAUUCUUACAAAAGCGUCGCCGGAUCUUCUGUGAGUCAAAGCCGAGCGCGCGCAUCCUCCGGGAGAACUUCUCGCGCUCUGAGAGGACGCAGGUGUCGCGCGCGCGUGUGAGGAGUAUCAUUAGAGAGGUAACUUUCAAACGGUCCCGUUUUCUUUGACAUACUUUGACUUUGCCUUAAUCCUGUGGAUUUUGACUUUGUGAGCUGUUUCUAUGACUAUAAAGCAUAUGUAAACAUACAAAACAAACAGAUGAAGUAAAUCAAAGCAAGGCUAUAUAGCACGCUGAAUGAUUAUUUUUUUAUUUAAAUGGACGAUAUGCUGGCUUGCUUCUGACUGAUACUGCACACAAUUUCAAAAGCCAUGCCUCGGCCAGGCAAAAACUCCUACAGUGACCAGAAGCCUCCGUACUCGUACAUCUCUCUGACUGCCAUGGCCAUCCAGAGCUCCUCUGAGAAGAUGCUCCCCCUCAGCGACAUCUACAAAUUCAUCAUGGACCGCUUCCCGUAUUACCGCGAGAACACUCAGCGCUGGCAAAACUCACUCCGGCACAACCUUUCCUUCAACGACUGCUUCAUCAAGAUCCCCCGGCGCCCCGACCAACCGGGCAAGGGCAGCUUCUGGGCCUUGCAUCCGGACUGUGGAGACAUGUUUGAGAACGGCAGCUUCCUCCGCCGCCGCAAGCGUUUCAAGCUCCUGCGGGUGGAACAUUCGGCUUGCAAGAGUGGCCCCGUGCUGCACUCCUACCACUCUCACCACCAUGCCCAGCACUCCUUGCAUCAAUCCCACCACCAUUCGGGCAAGCUGGGUGUGGGACAUCCGGAGUACCUGGGCACCAUGGGCCGCCUCUCGCACUUCCAGAGCUACACGCUCGGUGGCGGGCAGGGUGGCAGCUUCAAGCACCCGUUCGCCAUCGAGAGCCUGAUCGGCAGAGACUAUAAAGGAGUGAUGGCCAGCGGUUUGCCCAUCGCGUCGGUCAUGCAUCACCUCGGCUAUCCCGUGCCCGCCCAGCUGGGCGGCAUGGUCAACUCCGUGUGGCCGCACGUUGGCAUGCUGUCCGAGCCGGUGUCGUCAGACUACCCACCGUUCAGUGUGGCGGUGAAGGGGCUGUAUCAUCAUCACCCGGGAACCCAGAGCAUGCCCGCCGUGCCCGUGCCCAUCAAACCCACGCCAACCCUGGGCACAGUCCCCUCCCUGACUGGCAUGACGCCGGGAGUAACGCAGCUGUGCCCGAGAACCUCAGCACUGAUGGAGAGAGACGCAACAGCUCUUGUUGAGGAAAAAACCGGGUCUCUCCAUCCUGCUCUCCUGCAGUCUUGAGCCAAAAACUGAAGAUUCAGACACGAGGGUACGUAGAGCAUGUUUUGGGGAUGGCUGUGGACUGAUUUGAGAUGCCAGCCUUUUCCAGAAGAUCUGUACUGUCCUUUAAGAACUGUUAAAGAAGCUUUUUUGCGAGGCUAGUUUAUAUUAUGCAGAAUGCAGGUUGUCAUAUUUGGCUCUGCGCUUUUCUGCUUUGUUUAAUGAGGUAUAGGUUUUAACUUCUUUUAAAAACUGUGUACUGUACAAAGGACUGGUAUAAGAAAAAAAAAAAAAAACAUGUAUCUGAUGUACAUUUUUUAAACACUUAAAAGUUAAGCCUUACAAACUGUACAAAGAAUUAAAAAAUGUAAAACUAUGACUUGCAUGCUUGUAUGCCACUGUUAAAACAGUGAAGAGGAUUUCUGUGUGUCUGAGAGAGAGAGAGUCAUGAAAUAACCCAAAGUGAAUUUUGCUAAAUUAUGUAUUUGUGUAAAAUAGAAAAUACAUAUGUUAAAAUGUUCUUAUAUAUUAUCAUAAAUGUUAUACAUGUAAAUAUGUGUAGAAUAUCAUCACUUUUAGCAUUUGAAUUGCACUCGUGGUAUUUACUAACACAACAUCUAAAUAUUUUAUGAAGAUUAAACAAUCAAAUAUAGACAAUUAUAGUGAACAAAAGCAGGUUUGGUUUAAGUGUGCUGUUUUAAGGUGGCAUGUGAGUUUCAAAAAAGCAGUAUAAUUGUAUAAGAUUUGUAAAUGAAGUAUUUUUAGAGUAAAAUCACACACUUCAAUCCAGUUUCUGUGCAGUGGAAUGUCUUUUUUUCCUGACUUUUUCUCAUGUGUUAGUUCUCCAAGCUGUAUUUACUCUUAUAUGUACAGUAUAUUUACUCUUAUAUAUA